AUGACAUCCAUUGGUACAGGCUACGACUUGUCGAAUUCGAUUUUCUCCCCAGAUGGGAGAAAUUUCCAGGUGGAAUAUGCCUCGAAAGCGGUUGAAAAUGCAGGAACCUCGAUUGGGAUCCGGUGCAAAGACGGGAUUGUGCUGGCCACUGAGAAGAUCAUUGCGUCGAAGCUGUUGGCCCCGGGCAAAAACAAGCGCAUUCAAACCAUAGACAGACAUGUGGGUGUUGUGUAUUCCGGACUCAUACCAGAUGGAAGACAUUUUGUAAACCGUGGUCGUGAUGAGGCCCAGUCUUUCAAAUCGCUUUACAAAGAGCCAAUUGGCCUUCCAGGAUUAAUAGACCGGCUCGGAUACUACGUGCAAGCAUACACGUGCUACAACUCGGUGAGACCAUUUGGCAUCAAUGCAAUUGUCGGUGGCGUAGACGACGAUGGUGCACACCUGUACAUGGUCGAACCAAGCGGCACCUACUGGGGUUAUUACGGUGCAGCUACAGGAAAGGGCAGACAAACGGCCAAAAGCGAGCUGGAAAAAUUGGAUUUGCCCAACAUCACAGCUAAAGAGGCCGUUAAGGAGGCCGCAAGAAUCAUAUAUUUGGCCCACGAGGACAACAAGGACAAAGAUUUUGAAUUGGAAAUUACGUGGGCCAGUAAAAGUGAAACUAAUGGCCUACACCAGCUUGUGCCGAAGGAGUUAUUCGACGAGGCUGUCAAAUACGCCGAGGAAGAGGGCGAAGAAGGCGAGAGCAGCGACGAUGAAAUGCAAGAUUAA